GCUGAGCGCCGCGACGGCGAGACGGCGGUAGUAAUCAUACAGCUGCGGAGACGACCUCGCACAGCUCUGAACGCUGCAAACAUGUACGCGCCACCCAUGGGCGUCCCACCACCGAUGGCCGGCGUCCCACCACAGAUGGGCAUGCCCCCCCCUCCGAUGGGCGGUAUGGCCCCGCCGCCGAUGGGCGGCAUGGCCCCGCCGCCCAUGAUGCCCCCCCAACAACAAGCCGCACCCAUGCCCGAGCCGCCGCCGUUAGUACUACCAAGAGUAGCCGCGGCGGCGCGAGCCGAGAACGACGACGAGCCACCGCCGCCCGGAGAUGAUGUGGAUGAAGGCGCCAAGUCGCCGCCGCCGGAGUUUUUUGAUGAUCCGCUGCCCUGUGAAGUCGCCUAUGGCGUGGAGGAAGAGAAGAAGGGGAGAGAAGCGGCUUUGUUAGCGGCAGGAGGCCCCGUAGCACCCGUAGAACCGACGCCGGCGCACGGCUGGCGCGUCGUCGCGAACGGUGGCGUGCGGUACUGGUACAACGAGAGGACGGGCGUGUCGCAGUGGGAGGAGCCCGCGGAAGUUUCGGGCAAGGACCAACCCGCAAAACUGUACGAUCCCGCGGUCGGGCCGAAGAACGAUGAUUUCGACGCGUUAUGCCAAGCGGCCGAAGGCGACUCCAUCUGCGAGCCUAUUGGGGACGGUGUCCUACUACGUGUGAUAGUAAAACCAGCGCAGGAGGAAGACGCGGUUUUAGAUGUCAAGGACUAUGCCGCGCUCGUAGCAUUAAGGGCACCGAUCGAGGAUAGGUGGUGCAACCAAGCACUCCUAGCAUUUUGUAGAAGAGCAUUACACGUGCCCCAACGAGAGAGGAACGCGGUCAAGAUCACCGACGGUGAUGAAUCGUUAGAUAAGAUCGUCCACAUCCCCGCAUUAUCGCCGAAAGAGGUCGUCAAGCGCCUCCACAAGAAGAAGGACUUCGAGGUCGACACGAACGACGUCGAGAAGUGGAUUAGACAUACCGAGCGCAAGCAGAAGGAGGAGGAGCGGCGCAUGAAGCGGCGCAAGUGGGCCUAA